AUGCAUAUUUCUUUUCUGCAAGAAUUGACUUGUAACUCCCUGUCGUGGCCUCCAAAUGGCGCCCAAAUUUGCGACAACAAGAAUAUUCUCGGAAGUUUAUGUCACUAUACCUGCAAUACUGGGUACCAACUGACCGGAAGUAGUACAGUCACGUGUCAAAAUGCAGCAUCGCCAUCAUGGUCAGCUGUUCCAACUUGUGAAAAAAUCUCCUGCAGUGAGCCGAAUUACCCUGUUCAUACAACGGCACAGUGUUCGGAUCCAGCCUACGGCUACUUGUCGGUAUGUUCAAUGAAAUGUGACGUAGGGUACACCUUGAAAGGAGCUUACUUUAUGCAAUGCCGGGCAGACCGUACAUGGUCAAACGUUGGAGCUACAUCAUGCGUUGAUGAUUCGCCGCCGACUAUUUCGUGCGUAACUCCUCAGAUUUUAUACGCCGACCGAGGUGUGACAACAACAUCAGUUACCUGGCAUCUUCCUACAGCGUCUGACGCCACAGACGACAAUCCUUCCAUUGUACACACUUUUGGCCAAAUAAUUGGGACAGUUCUUGAAGUGGGAACAGAAAUAGUAAAAUAUAAGGCAGUUGAUGAAGAUGGUAGCGAAUCUCAAGAAUGUUUUAUCCAGCUUCAGGUUUUCUGCCCAAUAAGAAUGUCUAAUGACACAAAUUAUUUUUCAGAGCCAUGUCCGGUUGGGUACUUUCUUAACCAAACAAGCAACCUAUGUGAUCAGUGCCCUGCCGGCGUGUAUAAGGACGUCAAAAGUGGAAGCACGUGUUCAUCAUGUCCUAACGGGUACACAACACAGGUAUCUGGGUCCAAGUCCGAGUCUGAUUGUGUCAAACUAUGUAGUCCAGAAACAUAUUCUGCAAGUACGGUUGAGAUAUGUAACACGUGUCCCCUUGGUUACUAUCAAGAUGAGUAUGGACAGACGACAUGUAAACAAUGUCCUUCCGGUAAAACAACUGCGUCAACAAACAGUAGCUCUGCUGAUGAUUGCAAAAUAUUUGAGGAUUGCGUGUCUUCACCAUGUAACGGACAUAACUGUACCAGUGUCCAAGACAGCUUUAUCUGCACUUGUGAUGGCGGUUGGUCUGGACUAAUUGUACGACACCACCGGAUAAAUGUAAUGGCAAUGCAUGUGAAAAUGGUGCAACGUGUAAUAGUGGAACUACCAAUUACACGUGCAGUUGUGCUACUGGAUACAGUGGUUCGUUUUGUGAAAUUUCACCAUUGGAUUGCGGCUGGUCUGACUGGACGGAUUCAGCAUGUUCAAAGAGUUGUGGAACUGGGAGUAUGACUAGAACCCGACAAUGUAAUAGUCCAGUCCCAGAUACACACGGUGCUGAUUGCAUUGGUGACGCUACAGAAACAAUUGCUUGUAAUACAGAUGCUUGCCCUGUUUGUGAACAACUCACGAGCGCAUCCGGGACCUUGUUCAACUGUUCUACAAACGGAACAUUCGGUGAUGAAACAUGUACAGUAUAUUGCGAGGAUGGUUAAAUACUUCCACCCGGUUUAGAUGAUGGUAAGUCAUACA